AUGGUUCCUCCUCCUGGUCUUUCUCACACUCUUGGAUUUGUUUGUAAACUCAAAAAGGCACUUUAUGGCCUCAAACAAGCACCUCGUGCCUGGUUUGAAAAAUUUUCCACUGUUGUUAGCUCUCUUGGUUUUACAUCCAGUCAUCAUGACUCCACUUUAUUCUUUAGAUGCACUUCAGCUGGUCACAUUAUAUUAUUGCUAUAUGUUGACGAUAUGAUUAUUACUGGUGAUGAUAUUGAUGGAAUUGCAAGUUUGAAAUUAGAAUUGGCGUGUCGUUUUGAAAUGAAGGACUCGGGCACACUGUCUUAUUUUUUGGGGAUCGAAGUUGCUUCUUCUCCUAGAGGUUAUCUUAUCUCUCAGUCCAAGUAUACUAUGGAUGUCAUUGAGCGUGCUCGUCUUACUAACAAUAAAUCUGCUGAUACUCCUCUUGAGUCCAAUGCAAGAUAUUCAUCCUCUGAUGGUGUCCCAUUGACUGAUCCCACUUUGUAUCGCACUAUUGUUGGAUGUCUAGUUUAUCUUACCAUCACACGUCCUGAUAUUGCCUAUGGUGUUCAUAUUGUUAGUCAAUUUGUUUCAGCUCCUACUACAGUUCAUUGGGCAGCAGUUGUUCGUAUUUUGCGUUAUCUUCGUGGUACAUGCUUUCAGAGUCUUUUGUUUCCAUCAACCUCAUCCUUAGUGCUCCGUGCCUACUCUGAUGCUGAUUGGGCCAGCGACCCCAUUGAUCGCAAGUCCACUACGGGUUUUUGUGUAUUUUUGGGUGAUUCACUUAUCUCUUGGAAAAGUAAGAAGCAGACUGUUGUUUCCUGCUCCUCUACAGAAGCAGAGUAUCGAGCUAUGGGAUCCACCACCACUGAGAUUGUGUGGUUGCGAUGGUUACUUGCAGACAUGGGUGUUUCUCAUUCCUCCCCAACUCCCAUGUAUUGUGAUAAUACUAGUGCCAUUCAGAUUUCUCACAACUCUGUAUUCCAUGAACGCACAAAGCAUAUUAAGAUUGAUUGUCAUCUGGUUCGUCAUCAUCUGCAGACUGGCACCAUUUCCCUAUCUUUUGUUUCUUCAUCGUUGCAGCUUGCUGACUUCUUCACUAAGUCUCAUCCGGUUCAUCGUUUUCGCUUUUUGCGUGACAAACUCUCGCUGCUUCUUGCUUUAGCAUCUUGA